AUGUUCUUGGUACUUCUGUUUGUGAUGGCCGUCAUGGUCCUGGCGGUUGUUAUGUUGCCAACCAUGUCUGGGCUAGUGACAUAUACACGUACCAGUAAACAUAGGGAAGAACUUUCUAGUAGCCAGAGUCAUAAACAGACUGAUUUCUAUGAGACGCCUGAUGUUGAGGAGGAGGAAGAGGAGGAGAAAGAACUCAAUUCAGGUAAGACCAGCGGGUUGAAAGCCAAGCUGCGUAUCACGGAAGCGGACUUGCCUGUGAAGCUCGAACUGGUUGGUGAGGGAGAGUUAAAGAGACGUGUGAGAAGCACGCACAAAGGGCCAACGAGCGGUGAUCCGACUGUGUAUGACUAUGACAUUGACGAGCUUAUUGCGGAGGAAAAUGCACGGGAAGAAAUGGAGAAGAGGGCUGUCUAUGGAAGCGCUGAUGUUUGA